GUCAAAGCAGUCUCGUAAGCGGUGUAGACCGCAACGCCCGUGUCGAUAAAGGAGACCUCAGAAAGUUACUGCAGGUCGAAAAUAUAAAUACGAAAAAGUUUCACGAGGUGUGACAUAAAUGUCUACAAACUGUCAAAAUCUCGUAAAUAAAUAGUCACCUGUGUCGGUUGCAAAUUGUGCAGUGUUUGUGUUUUGUCAUAAAAUUACUAUACAAGUAUACAAAAUAAAACUGCAACCGUGUUGAGGUACUACUGCAAGGUGCGCGCGCGCAUAAUUUGAAUUCAACAAGCGCAUCGUAUCACCAGUUGACGAGCAGACACCGCGGAGAGAGCCCCUGUGUUGCCGCGAACGUUUUUUUUUAAAUGGAUACGUAUUAGUGUAUCGUGUUGUGUUUGUGAUGUUAUAAGUCGUGUGUAGUUGUGUUUAUUUGUACGUGAAUUUUGACAGUUCAAUAUGCAGGGCCGGGAUAAAUUGUGUGCUAAACUCACAAGCGCAUUCCUCAGAAAGUGGUGGUUCGUGCUCGCAUCCGCCGUGGUACUGCUGUUGCUCGGUAUCGUUUGUGCCAUAUUCUUCGGCACCUGGGUCAGACUCUUCAUAGAUCAUGAACUAGUGCUUCGCCCCGGCUCGAUGACAUUCGAGUGGUGGGCGCGGCCCCCGGUGCGGCCGUUCAUCAGGGUCUACGUGUACAACGUGACCAAUGCGGAUGAGUUCCUCAACAACGGCUCCAAGCCGAUCCUCAAUGAGCUCGGGCCAUAUGUCUACUCAGAAGAAUGGGAGAAAGUGAAUAUAACGGACAACGAGAAUGGGACACUCUCGUUCAACUACCGGCGCACGUACACCUUCCAACCGGAGCUGAGCGCGGGCCCCGACGACGACGCCGUCGUUGUACCAAACAUACCAAUGCUGAGCGCCACCUCACAGUCCAAGCACGCAGCGCGGUUCUUACGUCUCGCCAUGGCAUCAAUCAUGGACAUCCUCAAGAUCAAACCCUUCGUGGAGGUAUCAGUUGGUCAGUUACUCUGGGGAUAUGAAGACCCGCUGCUCAAACUAGCCAAAGACGUCGUAUCCAAAGAACAAAAACUCCCGUAUGAAGAAUUUGGACUGUUGUAUGGGAAAAACGGUACAUCACCAGAUGUGGUGACUAUGUUCACUGGCGCAGACGACAUGGCCAACUACGGUAUAUUCCAGCGGUACAACAUGCGAGAAAGACUACCCCAUUGGACCACAGACCAAUGCAAUAGUAUAUCUGGGUCAGACGGCUCCAUAUUCCCACCGCACAUCACCAAAAAUGACACGUUGAGAGUUUACGAUAAGGAUCUGUGUCGACUACUCCCUCUUAAAUACUUAGAGGACGUGGAGACGUCUGCAGGAGUAGAGGGCUACCGUUUCACGCCGCCCGAAGACGUGUUCGCUGCGGAUGAACACAACCGCUGUUUCUGUCCGGCCGGCCCGCCCUGCGCCCCCAACGGACUGUUCAACGUAUCACUUUGCCAAUACGAUUCACCAAUAAUGCUAUCGUUCCCACACUUUUACCUGGCGGAUCCAGCGCUCCGCGAGGCUGUGGAGGGCAUUUCGCCACCUGUCCCUGAAGAUCAUAGACUCUUCAUUGACGUGCAGCCGGAGAUGGGUAUCGCGAUGCGAGCUCGGGCGAGAAUUCAGAUCAACUUGGCUGUGUCACAGGUUUUGGACAUCAAACAGGUCGCCAACUUCCCGGACAUUGUGUUUCCCAUAAUGUGGUUUGAAGAGGGCAUCGACUCGCUGCCAACGGAAGUGACGUCACUGUUGCGGCUCGCCACACGCGCCCCGCCUCUCGCGCGCGCCAUCCUCGGCUGGGGAUUGUCUGCGCUGGGGCUGCUGCUCAUACUGCUCGCUGUCACCUGCCUCAUCAGGUCGUCUCACCGUCAAAGCACACUGCGGCUAGAGGGCGCUGCGCUAGCGAGACAACCUCCCAAACAACCAUCCAAGGAUGCUCUCGAGCUCGGGAGACGGUAACCAACAGCAUCUGCCAUCCACAAACCACUCAGCUUAAGUAUUCUUUAAAAACAGUGUACAAUAACUGUCGAUUUGAAUUAUAAAAUGUGAUCACGUGAUCGUAUACUAACCUAUUAGUCGUAUUUAUUCAUUAAAAAAUGAACAUAAAUAUAAUUUUGAAGUAUAAUAUUAUGUCUUUGCGGUUAAAACUACUUUUAACAACAGAACACACUGUACCUUAAACGUUUACAUUAGCAAUUCGUAUUGCAAUUUUCGUUUACAAAUUUUAAAUUAAGAAAGUUGAGUUUUUUAAUAAAAUAACGUCAUAAAAAAAUAUAUAGUAAUCAUUUUUCUAUGAUAAUAUUUACAUGUAAAAACUAGUUCAAAAGCAGUUAUACCAAAUGUCAUAGUAAUGAAAAGAAAUCAAUUGUACUAAUUUCUUCCUAAAUCUCAUAAUAUGACAAUUUAUAAUAUAAUUUAAAAUUUAAAGUUAGUAUUACACCGCAGUCGGUUUUUUUAUAAUACCAACAAGUAAACCGAAGUUAUCUAACCUUUAUGGUAAGUGGUUUUAGGUAACAGUUUUAGAAAGAAAUGGUUGUGUGUUCUACAUUCCGUCCCAAUAGCAGAGACUGUUUUUUUUAUUGAAUUAUUCCACUUCAUUUUAUAUAUGUAUGUGUAUAUAAGUAUUUUUAUAUUACCUAUACAAAACUUAAGUAUCUGCUAUAGGUACUAUACAUUAUUUUCUUAAAGUAGGUAAUAGU